AUGAGUAAUAGUGUACAAGCCAAUGAACCAAAAACCAGGAAUGACGACGAGAAUACUCCUAUAAAGUAUCAGGGUAAUGAUGAAAAUGCUAGUAGUAAUGUGGAACAUGCCAGUGUAGUGGCCGCUCAUUAUAAUCAUCUUGAAGAAAAAGGAUUGAAAGAAAGGUUUAAUUCUCCUAUAUUUUAUUUAAGGAAUUUUAAUAAUUGGGUCAAAAGUGUAUUGAUACAAGAAUUUAUAGAUAAAAUUAGGCAGAAAAACUACGGGAAGCAGAUAAAAGUACUUGACAUAUGCUGUGGAAAAGGAGGUGAUUUAAGCAAGUGGCAAAAGGCGCGAGUAGAUCAUGUAGUUUUCGCCGACAUAGCUGAGAUCUCAGUGAAGCAAUGUGAAGCACGCUAUGAAGAUUUAAAACGGCGAUGUGGGCGUUUAUUUUCUGCCGAAUUUAUUGCAGUAGAUUGCACUAAAGGUACCCUGAGAGAUAAAUAUAGGGAUCCAUCCAUAAGUUUUGAUAUAGUUAGUUGUCAAUUUGGUUUACAUUACAGUUUUGAAAGUUUAGGUCAAGCACGAAGAAUGCUGACUAACAUAUCAGAAUGUUUAGCACCAGGUGGAUAUUUCUUAGGUACUAUACCUAAUGCAUAUGAAAUUGUUUCUAGAGCAAAAAAAUCUUGUGAUGGUACAUUUGGUAACAGAAUAUAUCAAAUAAAAUUAUUGUUUGACCCCAAAGAUGGAUAUCCCCUUUUUGGAGCAAAAUAUGACUUCCAUUUAGAGGGUGUAGUAGACUGUCCAGAGUUUUUAGUAAACUUUAAUUUAUUUGUUAAACUUGCUGCAGAAUAUGGGCUUGAAUUAAUCUAUAAAGGAGGAUUCUCAGAUUUUUAUAAAGAAUAUUCAGAAAGCUAUAAACAGUUAUUGCACAGAAUUAAGUGUUUCGAAAAUUAUCCAGCUCCACCUGGUAGGGAAUUGAUUGCUGAGGAAGCAGAAUAUAAACAUGCAAAAACAUUUUGGGAGGAUAAAAGUGAUAAGACUGAGAAAUCUAAUCUUGGAACUAUAAGUUCUAGUGAAUGGGAAGUAGCAACUGUAUAUAUGGCAUUCGUAUUUAGAAAGUGCAAAACUACAUGGGAUGCCAAUGGAAAACCUACGUAUGUCACUUCAAAAGUGGAUCUGAAAAAGCAAAAUGAAUGA